AUGGCGGUAUAUUUUGAUAAUCAUCUUCUUUCACACAUCGAGUUUGCUAACGUAUCUGACUUAAAACAGAAAAUUUCCUUGCAAUAUGGCAUUCCUUUAGAAGAUUUAUACGUAUUAGUUAAUGGAAAACCUACAGCAGAUGAGAUUUCAAUUAUGAAUAUUGAAAAUGUGAUCCGAGUAUGUUCAAGAAUCAUUGGCGGAAAAGGUGGUUUUGGGUCCAUGUUGCGAGCUAUUGGUGCACAAAUUGAAAAAACUACAAAUCGCGAAGCAUGUAGAGAUCUUUCUGGAAGGCGAUUACGUGAUAUCAAUGAAGAAAAACGCUUGAGAAAAUGGUUAGAAGGACAAGAAGAUAGAGAACGUGAAGCUGCAGAAAGAAAACAGAAAAAGUUAGAAAGAUUGAUUGCUGAACCUAAAAUUGAGGUAAAUCUAAACCCAAAUUAUGAGAAAGAGCGUCAAGAGUUACCAGAGAGGGUUGGUGCAGCGGUAGAUGCUGGUUGGCAAGCAGCAGGAACUUCUAAACAAGGCACUAAAAGGAAAGCUGAAAAUGUUCAGAUUAAAAAGAAGAAAGCCAAGUUGUGGAUUGAUGCUGAAUUAUCAGAUUGUUCUUCAUUAAGUGAAGAUGAAGAAGAAGAAGAAAAAGUUAAGUCUAGUGUAGCUCAGACAGUUUCUACAGAUAGUGGAAAUGAGUCAGAUCGAAAGAAACUUUGUUGCAUACUGUUACUCCUCUCGCUUGUGGCAUUAGCGGUCGGCAGACCUGCAGAAUUUGAUUAUAAUGAUGAUAGUGGACAUGCAGAUGAUCGAAAAGAUGAUGUAGGCCGAGUUCAAAUAAAAGUAUACAGAGGACCGACCAAGCAUGACGGUUAUGCGCCUUGGGGUUUUUGGGUCAAACAGCCAUCAGAUGAAGAA